AACAAAUACAGUUUACGUUACGCGGCAGCGCUGCUUAAAGUUGACAAAAUUAAAUUCAUUAAAACGGAGGGUUUAACAUUCGCAUUGCUGGCGGGCCCCAUGGGCCAAGCGGCAAGUAUGUGUCGAUUUCGUGGUUGUCGCUACAAAAACAAGAACAAAAACAAUAAACAACAGCAACAGCAGCAACAUCAAACACCUACGCAUAGUCCACAACAACAACAAGUGGAUGAGACAACGGCAACAACAGGCCUGCACUUGCGGAGCAUUGAGGAGCCAGCGUCGACGCCACUGCAGCUAGCGGCUAGAAUGCCCGCGGAGCAGGGGGGCACAGGGUACGGAAUGAGUGAGCAUAGCUUGCUUCUUGCCACACGCACCGGUGUCCCCCUGCCGCUAUCACAGCAACAGCAAUCCCCCGCCCACUAUCAGUACAACAACAGCAGCAACAGUAAUUGCAACAUUAGCGGCAACAACAUUAACGGCAACAACAUCAAUGGCGGCAACAAUCACAUAACUGCCGGCUAUGUUGCAACCACAGCAGCUGCCUACCAACAACAUUCACAACAACAGCACCCACACCAACAUGUGUUGUAUCACCAACAGCAGCAACAAUAUCAGGGGUAUUCCCAUCAUUAUCAUCAGACUUCAUCACCACAGCAUAGUCGACCUUAUGAUCCAGAGCAUGCGCGGAUGGAGGCGUGGAUGGAUGAGAAUCAGGAGUUUGUACAGGAUUAUUUUAUAAGAAAGGCAACUCGUCAGACAGUGGAUGCUUGGCUCGUGUCGCAUGCCACAACCGCUGGCAACGAUGUCAUUAGCAGCACUUCACCCACACAUCCAAAUGGACAGACGAGUAGCUCACGAGGCGGCUCCGGAGCUACAACUCCCGUGCGCAAAAUCUCGGCUCAUGAGUUUGAGCGCGGCGGCCUCUUGAAGCCCAUUGUCAAUACUAUCGAUGGAACACCCACAUUUUUGAGCAUUGCCCCUCAGUUGGAUAACUCGACUGGCAGUUGCAGCAAUUUGCAAAAUGUUGGCGGUGUCGUUGCUGGACAAUAUCAGUAUCAGCCUCAGCAUCAUCAUUAUCAUCACAAUCACAAUCAUCAGCAUUAUCAGCAUAGUCAUUAUCAGGCUGGCGGCGCCGUUGGCAGCAGCAGCAGCAACUGCAGUGCCCCCAUUGGCCCCGGUGGCAAUGCCACAAGUCCCAACAACUCUUAUCCGUAUCCCUAUCAUCAUUGUCAUCAACGGCCACAGCGUCUUUCCCGCAUUGAGCUGAAGCAGCUGGAUGAGAAGGAGCUGAUCUUUGAACUGGUAAAGGACAUUUGCAAUGAGCUGGAAGUGCGCACGUUAUGUCACAAGAUUUUACAGAAUGUUUCCAUAUUGCUGAAUGCGGAUCGGGGUUCAUUGUUUCUGGUGCAGGGACGCUGCAAUGGCGCCGAUGGACUUAAAAAAUGCCUCGUGUCGAAGCUCUUCGAUGUUUGUCCACGCAGCACCGUCGAGGAAAUGGAACAGCAGGAGGAAGUGCGCGUUGCAUGGGGCACCGGCAUUGCGGGGCAUGUGGCAGAGAGCGGGGAGCCGGUCAACAUACCAGAUGCUUACCAGGAUGAGCGUUUCAAUUGUGAAAUUGAUUCGCUGACCGGUUAUCGGACAAAAGCCUUGCUCUGCAUGCCCAUCAAGGAUUCUGGCGGGGAUGUGAUUGGCGUGGCGCAGGUCAUCAACAAAAUGAAUGGCGAAUGCUUCUCAGAAAUCGAUGAAAAGGUCUUUGCUUCGUAUCUGCAGUUCUGCGGCAUCGGAUUACGUAAUGCACAAUUGUUUGAGAAAUCUCAACUGGAAAUUAAACGGAAUCAGGUGCUACUCGACUUGGCCCGCAUGAUAUUCGAGGAGCAGAGCACCAUUGAGCAUAUGGUCUUCCGGAUUCUCACCCACAUGCAGAGUCUCAUUCAAUGUCAACGUGUCCAGAUUUUGCUUGUCCAUGAGGCGGAUAAGGGAAGCUUUUCGCGUGUCUUUGACUUCGAGGCGAACGAUCUGAGCGAGGAGGAGGCCAAUUCAAGGACCAGCCCCUAUGAGUCACGUUUCCCCAUCAACAUUGGCAUCACCGGACAUGUGGCCACCACCGGGGAGACGGUGAAUGUGCCAAAUGCCUAUGAGGAUGAUCGCUUCGAUGCGAGUGUUGAUGAGAAUUCCAGCUUCAAGCAUCGCUCCAUACUCUGCAUGGCCAUUAAGAAUUCGUUGGGUCAGAUCAUUGGCGUUAUACAGCUGAUUAACAAGUUCAAUGAGCUCGAUUUUACCAAAAACGAUGAGAACUUUGUGGAGGCGUUCGCCAUCUUCUGCGGGAUGGGCAUCCAUAAUACGCACAUGUACGAGAAGGCGAUUGUGGCCAUGGCCAAGCAGAGUGUCACCCUGGAGGUGCUCAGCUACCAUGCAUCAGCCACAAUGGAUGAGGCACAUCGGUUGCGCCGCCUGCGCGUUCCCUCAGCGGUACAUUUUCGUCUUCAUGAUUUUAAAUUUGACGACAUACACUUCGAAGAUGAUGAUACGUUAAAGGCCUGUUUGCGCAUGUUUUUGGAUCUCGAUUUUGUGGAACGUUUUCACAUUGAUUACGAAGUGCUUUGCCGUUGGUUGUUGAGCGUCAAGAAGAAUUAUCGCAAUGUGACGUAUCACAACUGGCGACAUGCCUUCAAUGUGGCCCAAAUGAUGUUCGCCAUUUUAACUACCACACAAUGGUGGAAGAUCUUUGGUGAAAUUGAAUGCCUGGCACUCAUCAUUGGCUGCCUGUGCCAUGAUCUCGAUCAUCGGGGGACCAAUAACUCCUUUCAGAUAAAAGCAUCCUCGCCGUUGGCUCAGCUGUAUUCAACAUCUACGAUGGAGCAUCAUCAUUUUGAUCAAUGCUUGAUGAUUCUCAACAGUCCUGGCAAUCAAAUAUUAGCCAAUCUAUCAUCAGAUGAUUAUUGUCGCGUCAUACGCGUCUUGGAGGAUGCUAUACUGUCCACGGAUCUCGCUGUCUAUUUUAAAAAACGUGGCCCUUUCUUGGAGAGCGUGCAGGAACCAUUGAGCUACUGGGUUUCCGAGGAGCCGCGUGCCUUGUUGCGUGCAAUGAGCAUGACUGUCUGUGAUUUGUCGGCGAUUACAAAGCCGUGGGAGAUUGAGAAGCGUGUAGCCGAUUUGGUGAGCUCCGAAUUCUUUGAGCAGGGCGACAUGGAGAAACAGGAACUAAAUAUAACACCAAUUGAUAUCAUGAAUCGUGAGAAGGAGGAUGAACUGCCCAUGAUGCAGGUGAACUUUAUUGAUUCAAUUUGCCUGCCCAUCUAUGAGGCCUUUGCCACGCUCUCGGACAAGCUGGAGCCUCUCGUUGAUGGCGUGCGUGAUAAUCGCGGUCAUUGGAUUGGUAUGGCCGACGAUGUGAAAACCAAAACUAGUCAGGAUGAGCAGCAGCAAAUUGUGAUACCGAAUGGUGACAGCAAACAGGCGACAACUGAUGAUACUGUGGCUGAUGUUGAUGCUGAUGUUGGAGCUGAAGCUGUAACUGUAGCAGAAGCAUGCGUAAAUGGCUUGAAUGUUGUCAAAAGCAUCGCAACUACUAACAACAUUGCCAUCGCUUCUCGUCCCAGCAGCAACCAGCCCAUUGAUGAUGAUGAUGAUAAUGAUGGAGUUGGAGCUGGAGCUGGAGAUGGCAUUGAAACAGAUGUGGCCCAGAUGGAGAACGGGCAUGUGGCCAGAAACAGCAGCAGCAACAGCAGCUGCAUGUCCUCAACCAGUUCGUCCACCGUCUCGAGUCGUCUCUCAACACCACCGCCGACUGGCGAAGAUGACAGCACACCUGUGUCGCCUUCCAAGACGUUGCAGGCAAAACUGGUGGCCGCUAAUCUCAAUGCACUCUCGCAGGGUAAAACGACGAUUGUACAAAGGCAGCGCUGCAAUUGCAUGCAGGUGCGCAAGACGAGUUCCUUGAAGGGGGCACAGGAAUUAAAUGGUUGUGGCAACAAAAAGGAUGUUGCUCUUUGUAAAAGCACGCCUGCCAUUAACCAUCAUAAUAACCAUAGCCACAACCAUAAUCAUCAUCAUCAUCAUCAUCAACAUCACUCGCAUUCGCAUCACAAUCAUCAUCACAAUUACAAUCAGAACCACAUUAUUGGCGGCGGCAUUGGCAGCGCCAGCAUUGGCGGCAGUGGCCUCAUUGCCCUCGGCACGGAAAGUGAUAAAAUACCAAAAAUUGUCGGUAAACUUGGAAACCUCGAUGGUCUAACCUUCACCAAUGGUCACGGUCUGCCAUUCAACUAUCCACAGCAGCAACAGCAUCAUCAUUUGCUGACACGUCGCCACUCGGAGACCAACAACAGCAAUGGACCGCCAACCACAGUCGUGGUUGAUAAGUGAGGGGCCGAUAGUUAAGGCCAAUCUUUUUUGACUGUCAUUCAAUAAUUAAAUAUAUUUUGUACAUAGGCAUAUUUCUCACGCACAUUUUGUAUAUACUUUGUAUCAGUAUCAAUCGUAUUGCAGUACAGUAAAUAUUACAAUUAACAAGUAAAAUAAAAAUAUAUGAAAACAUACCAUAAGCAAAUUGUGGCACAGCAAUUUGAUUACAAACUAAAUAGAACGAUUCCUAUAAACUAUAUAUCUAAAAUAUUGAAAAUGAGUAUGUAAACUUAUAUGUAGUUAUAUUAUGACACUAUAUGCUGUGUGUUUAACUUCAAUUUUAGUUUAGUUUCAAACAUUUACUAUGCUAUCUAAUAAUAUACUAUAAAUAUAUAUAAAUCCCAAAAAAUAUGAGCAAAGAAGUCAAAUUCUCUAGAGACUUAGGCACAAAAUGUACCAAAAUCCAAAAAUGAAACAAGAAAAAAACCCAGGCAAGUUUGUUAAUUGUGGUGGCAUUCUCAACUGCAACAACAUCAACAACAACAAGAACACUGUAAAAGUAUUGUAUUCCUGCUACACUUGAUGAUACUACAUAGUAUAUUUAUAAUAUGCACUGCGGCAGUUAAGUUAAAUUAUCUAUGGGUAGCACAAGUAGCACAACAGCUUAAAUAUGUUUAUAACAUUAAACAAAACAACAAGAAAUAAUUAAUAUAUGCAUAUAUAUGUAUACUAAGCGCUUUGUAUUUUUAUCUGCGGCGCUCUAUUCGAAUUUAAAUAAUUAUAGUUAUUAUAAAAACUAUUGUAAACAUAUGCGAUAAUAAUAUAUAUAAUAUAUACCACAAAUAUAUGUAUGUAUCUAUGUUCUCUCUGUCUGUUUGCUGGGUUUGGCUUUUAUGCAAAGACCCAGUUAAGUACAGAGAACCCAAAAAACAAGCUGUAGUUUAAAUGCAAAAGUUAAAUAUCUUCAAAAUUUUGCUUAUUUCGCUUGUUCUAAAGUUUAAACACCUACGUUAAACUACGAGCACGUCUAACGGUCUGUGUCUAACGUUCGUGUAUUUAAUCAAUUUACACACAUACAUACAUGCAUACACAUAAAUAAUUAUAUGGAUAGUAAAAACAACCCUCUUUAGAUUAAAUCGUACUUUGUGAGUUUUGUUAUUUAUUGUCGGCAUUAUAGAGAUCUUAUCUAAUCUACACAAAUUAUUUGCUGUAAUGGAACCAUGUUCAAAAAUCAAAACUAAAUAAAGCAAACAAUUAUUCAAAACU